GUAAACGUCAUAGCUUGGUUGUCAGGUCUCUAACCGUUCAGAUAGGUUAGUAUGAUGCUCUCGCCUUAUCCGAGUUAACUCCCCGUUAAUUUCUCCAGAAUGGGAGACGAGGAGGAGCAGCAGCGCUCCUUGAUGUUUCUCCUGACCUACAUGCUGCUGAAGCGCAGGAGAGACCUAAACCACGCAGACAUUCAGAGGCGCGAUGAGAUCCAGAGGCGGAUCCGACAUCGACAGUACUUCUUCCAGAGACAGAGGAGGAUGCUCAUGAUGAUGAUAGCGGGAGGAAUGCGCUCCAACGUCCGCAUCCGCACCCGACCCUGGACAACCACUCCCCGCUCCGACUGGUGGGAGAGGGUUGUGAUGACGGAGUUCCAGCCCUCUGAUUGGCUGGACAAAUUCCGGAUGAGCCGGGAGACCUUCUUCUACCUGUGCGAGAAGCUGAGGCCCCGCCUGGCGCGCCAGGACACAAGCUUCCGGCUGGCGCUGCCGGUAGAGAAACGCGUGGCCGUGGCCCUGUGGCGUCUCGCGUCCAACGUCGAGUACCGCACCAUCAGCACCCUCUUCGGUGUGGGGAAGUCCACCGUGUGCAGGUGUGUCAGAGACAUGUGCCACGCCAUCGUGGCUCUCCUCAGCUCCACGUACCUGCGUCCCCCCACCGAGCAGGAGCUGGAGGAAUCGGCCCAGCUCUUCCACUCCUACUUGGGCUUUCCUCACUGUGUGGCUGCCAUCACAACGCUUCACACAGCCAUCAUCACCCCAUCGAGCAACGCGUCGGACUACGCCAACCCCGCUGGCUGGCUGUCUGUCCUGUCUCAGGUUGCUAUCAGUGGUCAGGGCUACUUCUGGGAUGUAUGUGCCAGUUUCCCCGGUGGGACCGAUCCAGCUGAGAUCUUACAGAACUCCGCUCUGUGGGCCACAGCUGCUGAGGGUGGACUGUCUCCUGCCCAAACGCCUAUCUUCAUGGGGAAACCGCUUAGGUAUGUGUUGCUGGGGGAGGCCUGCUACCCGCUCCAGACCUGGCUCAUGAAGGCCUAUCCGGAGCAAAAGAGCCGACGGGGAUGUCGCGCGGCGUUGCCGGAGCCGCAGCAGCUGUUCAACCGGCGCCUCAGCAGAGCGCUGCGUACCUCGGAGGAGGCACUGCUGAGGCUCAGGGCGCGCUGGCAGUGCCUGAGUAAGAGGAACGACUGCGGGCUGGACGUGGUGCCCACCAUGAUGCUGGCCUGCUGCAUUCUGCACAACAUGUGCGAGUCCCACAGAGAUGUCUUCAAAGCAGAGUGGCAGGUGGAGGUGUGUGAGGCAGAGAACCCCCAGCCCUGCCACAAAGCCCUGGCUCCUACCAGCAUGGACCAAAGUGAUGCUGAGGAGGUCCGAGGCCUCUUCUGUGACUAUUUCCAACAGCAAAGAACCUGAAUUUAGCUGCUGAAAAAGCUUUAACUGGUGAAUCAAUUUUGUCUUUGCAAAUAUAUAACCUACUGAACUUGUGCAUUCAACGCAUAAACACUUUUUGAUGUUGAACAUAGACAGGUGUGUGGUUUCAUCUUCUCUUUAAACAACAGCAUGUUGACUUGUCUGUUAUCAGUGUGGCCUCCAUGAAGGCCAGUUCAGUCCGGUUUGUUUACUUACAAAAAUGCAAAACCUAACCUGAAGAUGAUGUCUAACGCCAGAUAAACGCAGGUGCAUUAAUGCCGUUCCAAUAAUAAUCCCUUGAACUAUUGCACAUUUUGCCACAUGCACAUUUCAAUGGAUUUUAUGUGAAAAUCUAAAAGACGUGCAUAUUUGUAAAACAAAAAAUAAUGUAUGUUUUUUUUUAAUAUGUUUAUGAAAGUGAAAAAUGAUGUAACGGGUUUGUAUUCACCGUCCCAGAGCUGGUGCUUUGCAGAAUCACUCUUUUGUAUGUAGCUGGAAGUCUAUAGUGUCUCUACCAGCUUUGCACAUCUAAAGACUGAUUUCUUUCUUCCUCUCUCCGUUCUUAUUCGCAACGUACCUCAAGAAUUCUUCAUUAUGGCUGUAUGUUUAUGGUUGUUACGGUUGUUGAUGUUUUCCUUACUUUGCCCGUCUGCUUGGUUGGACAACCUGUGAUCUAGGGCUGGACAAUACGGCUAAACUGUUGCAAGUUUUAUUGGUUAUUAUGAUCAAAUUUAGAAACGGUAAAGUGAGAUUUUUUCAAGCUUGAGAUAUUGUUUUAUAACCUAGCCCUGCUAUAAAUGUCUCAACUCUAUCCCUCAUUUGCUGGCAUAUUAAUUGGCAUUUAUGAUGCCGUUUGCUCACCAAUGUUCUCAAACAAACCUCCAAGGCUCUCAUGUGGCAGCUGAAUUUAAACUGAGAAUAAAUGACAGAUGGCUAGA